CCGUUGAAUGCAAUACGCAGUGCAGACGAUGAAUUUCCCGAAAGCAUCGUGCGCUCAGUGAAGGCGCCCGUCUGUGUCUUGGUAGUGGAGAUUAUUAUAUGGUAUAAUAAUUAUUAUAAUCUGAAUUUGACCCAUAACAAAGGAGGCUUGAUGCCGCCUUGCUCGACUCUGUGGCCAUGUUGUGCACAUUGCUGGAGGACUUGACUUGCAUCCUGCACAGAUCAGUCACCGGCAUGUUCUACAACAACAGCAACAACCACAAACAACAACAACAACAACAUUGAGUCCCUCGAGAACAGAAAUCUCAACAACCGGAGAGCUCGCAGCGCCAACCUGUACAUGUGCGAACCGGACCUCCUGAAGGCGAGCAAUGUGUGCACCUGUCGCAAGGCUAUCCUACUAGCGGAGGACGGCUUCAUCCACAACUCCCUCAAGGGGGACGAGCUCCCUGCGGACUUUGGCGUCGAGGGCAAUGGUAACCUGGUUCUGUAUUACAAUCGGAAAAACAGUUGCAUAGAGCGACACAGCAUUGCAAUGUGGCCGAGUCUCAACAAGACCCAGAGAGUUCAUCUGUGCAACACAACCAUCGCGAUGGAGUGGACGAUUGCCGGUCUCUACAUCUGCAGGUACAUUCAGAGGAAGCUGUAUGACCGAAUCCACAGCGCGUCGGUGUCUCCAGGUAGAGGGGGCGUGGCCCAGGACGCUGUGGAAAUCGCGAGAGACGUUGUGGAUCUCAUGCGCGACUACGACGACGCAAUGAUCCCCGAGGUGGACGAGUUGCGAGAGCUCCUGAGCGAACCACAUAUUAGGGUGAGUACAUUGGGGUCCCAAUGCUUUUGCAACCUGCCCUCCACUGCCUUAUGGAUAGACGGCUGCUUCCAGUCCAGUGGUGACCCAUACUUCAUGGUACAGGUGACACCAGUGAGGCACAAGCUUGCAGCAGUAUGGGUGCUCAGUGAUCAGCUGCUGACCUAG